AUGAGCGCGUUGAGGUUGCCCAUCAGCGUUUACGCCGCUACCGAAGAUGACAACUAUCGAAAGCCUCGAACCGACAUGUGGAAAGAAUUUGUGGACGACUACGACCUUGACGUGGUGGGUAUAGAUAAAACGAACUCCAUCUUUGUGGGCGAUGCCGCCGGACGCCCAAAAGAUCACUCGUCUUCAGACCUCGGCUUCGCGGCGAAUAUUGGUCUUCCUUUCAAGACACCAGAGGCAUAUUUCGGCUCAUGCGUUGAGGAAUCUGUUACAAUCUUUGAUCCUACUGCAUACACGAAAGCAGAGACCAGCGAACCUCUGCCCACCUUCGCUCGCAAACACCCCCUCGAACUAGUAAUCUUCUGUGGCAGCCCAGCAUCAGGAAAAUCAACCUAUUUCCGGAACAAUCUAGAGCCCUUGGGCUACGAACGUGUCAAUCAAGACAUCCUGAAGACGCGCCCAAAAUGCCUCAAAGUAGCCCGUGAAUAUCUCGAAGCAAAGAAAUCCGUCGCUAUCGACAACACCAACGCAGACCCGGAGACAAGACUCGUGUGGAUCACGCUAGCGAAGGAACUGAACGUUCCGAUUCGCUGUGUGCACCUUCUUUCCCCGCCUGACCUAUGCAGGCACAACAAUGCCGUUCGCGCUGGUAACAAAGAAAUGAAUCCCGAGGCGCGCACUUCGUUGCCUGGUAUUGCGUUUGGCGACUUUGGGCGCCGAUUUAAGGCACCACGACUUGAUGAGGGAUUUGAUGAUAUCAUCUCCGUAGAGUUUCGGUUUAAAGGUACCGAGGAUGAGCGUAAGAUUUGGGGUCAGUUUUGGGUUUAG